UCUAGAACUGCUCAGUUUGCCGCCAUGACGCAGAGGAUCGGCGCUGACGUGCCAUAUUCACCUGUGCUGCCCCCUGGUGCUGUUGAUGAGUCUCCACAACCCAGCAUGCAUUUGGACUCCGAUCUGCAACCGGGACAGUCACGACAAGAUCGUCGGCCAACGAGAAAUGUGGUGCUCACAAUCGAGCAAAAGGAGAAACUCCAGCAAUGGCAGCAGAUGGCAGAGCACGGAUUUGAGAUUCAUCGUCGCGCAGAGCGCUAUUAUGAACACGUCAAUUUUUGGUCAUUGACAUUGCCCUCUGUGGUCCUAUCGGCCAUUGCGACAGUUUGGACGUUGGCCACCGAACAGGUCAAUUUUCCCAACAAUAGAGUUUACAUUGCCUCAAUUUCAGGCUUGACGACCAUUGUGAGUUCCAUCGGGUCUUACUGGCGCUGGCAGGCGAGAAUGGAAAAGAACCGGUUUGCUUCUGAGCGCUACAACAGCCUCUUGAACCGAUUGACGCUACUGAAAGCACGGCUGCAAAUGGGAGACAUUGAGUUUGGCCAGGUCCUUCAGGACGUUGAGAACACGAUUCACGAAAUACUUAAGACCUGUGGACCACCAGAUCUUUGGGUCCAGCAGCGCUUUGAGUGGGAAGAGAAAACCAGCCAGUUUGAGCUGCUUGAUCGACUGGCAACUCUAAGGGACGCCAACCGAUGUCCUUGGAUUCGCUGCUUUUGCCCUUGUUGCUGGCGGACCCUCACCAAGUGCUGCAGGAGAAAAGACAAGACCGGUGGGGUGGAACCCAUGAGCAUUUUGAAUCAAAAGAUCCGGGAGUUUGGGAAGAAGACGCAAAAUGUCAGUGUGGAUGAGUUCAAAGACUACUUUUGGCAACUCUUCCGGCUGGCAAGCAACAGCAACAACUUUGAAAUGUGCAAGAAUUUGAUCAAGACGGUCCCCAAUUCACUGAAGGAUGAUGGAGACGUCCUUUUCAAGUCAUUGGAGCCUUCGAAGAUGUCUCCUUUGCAUUACGCCGUUCAGGACAAUUUUCACCAGUUGGGUCAGUGGCUCUUUGACUCCUACCCGGAGGAAAUGAAGAGACAUUGCUUGAUCAAGGAUUCUCAAGGAAAGAUCCCUUUGGACUACAUGCCACCUAUGCCCAAGCAGAAGAGCUUAAACGAUGGAACUUUGGGCUUUAGAGGUUGGAAUACAGGUGGAGCUGGAGCUGGCGGUGGCGCUGCCGCCUUCUAUGCAAAGAUUCUGUUUGAAACGCUACAAGAAUGGUGCAGCGAGAUGAGCACGUCCAAUUUUGAGGACCGGGAAAGUCGGAAGCGCCACAGCUUCGAGGAAAUGGAAAACAUGAAAGGCCAUGGAAAGAAGCUUCUGAAGCGAAUCAUGGACUGCGGGCAGAGGUAUGAGGACGUCUCUUGCUCCAAGCGCCACAAUGUCCUUCAUCUCCUUGCCGUGCAUGGAGUCGAGGAGCAACGCUUCCUGGGACUUGGAGAAGAUGAGAAAAAGAAGGACCGAGACGAAAAAAAACAGGGAAAACAGGCUCGUGAACGUACGUUCUUGUCCUUGCUGGUGGCCGACCAGCCGAAUAUUUUUGAUAUCAGCAAAAAGGAUGCUGGGGAUGGCAAGGCACCUCUGGAGUUGGCGGCAGAACAGCUACAUGCCCAGGCGUUCAAAGUGCUUUUCGAGUCAAUGAUGCAUGCAAUUCACGUCAACAAAAACAAGGAUUCAGAUCGUUACAAGAGCCUGAAGACUAUAGUGGAAGAAUCGUUGAUGCAGCUUCACUCGCCAAAGCACAAGCAGAUGGACAGCAAAAAGGACGAAGAGGAGCGGCCAUUGCGUGGUCGAAUCUGUUGCUCGUGUGCUGAAUCGGAACGCAGCAAACAGUGGAAAGUGCGAGCGCCGACCUUGAGGGACUUUGUGGAGAUGAAGAUUCAGGUGGAACAAUAUGAAGGAACUCUUCUUCACUAUGCAUGCGGCGCCGACAGUGAGAUUAACAUAUCUCAGCUCACCUGUAGUCAUGGAUGUCCAAGUCUCGCUCGGCGCCUACUGGCGGCGAAAGCUGCAAACUGCCCAGACAACCGCGGACAGACACCACUGGGCCAAGCUGUGGCCGGGAACCACUUGAAGAUUGCCUGGGACAUUUGUGAAUAUGGCAUUGAUAAUGAUGUGCAAGAUAUAAUCGCAGAUAUUGAGGAACAAUUGCAGAAGACAGCGAAGGAAUACACCUCCUUUCUAGUUUGCGUGGACUGGACCAAGGUGGUGCAGGAAAACUGGUUUGACAAUUUGAACCUGUGGCUGAAACUUCCGCAUGGCGCCCAGCUAUGUCUGACAGCCGCCGGUCAGAUGGACAUACUGGGCGGCGGGGUGCCACAAGCUCCACCACCUUGGGCGGUUCUGCCGCCAUGGAGUGGAGAUCCUCCGCAGGCCGCGCCUCCAUUUUCGCAGCAGGCCCCGCCUCCAUUUCCGCAGCUGCCAGGGGCUUCACUGCCUUCUUGGGUGCCAUUGAUGGAGAAACAAUUGGAAUUCAAACUGCCCAGCGAUUGGUCGCCUUCCGUGGCACCCAUCGCUUGCAAGCUCGACCUGGGUCUGAACUUUCUCCAAUCUGAUCGGCUUUCAAAUCUGGGCCUCCAAGUGCGAGCUCGAGGUGCAAAAGAGUCGAGUGCUGAAAGUGAAGCGAAGAAGGAGCUGGCGCGGAUAGAGCGAACGCAAAGGGUAGAAGGUGGCAAUGAAACUGAAGCCCUGCCAGAGGUGAUUUGCAAAAGGAUGCCUUUCAAGGAGUGGGUGAGAACAGAGGAGAUGCGCUGUAAAGAAGCAUUGAUGAACAAUGACUCCGGCGGUGACCACCAGACGCUGUGGCAUUUGGCGUGCAAGAAGAAGAAUAUCCGUUUGGCAAAGAUCCUACGGGCGCAAGAUGCUGAAUAUAAAUUUGCGAAUGGGAGGACUCCUUUGGAUAUGGUGCUAGAUGCUUCUUUGUCUUUGCACGAUGAUGAGGCAGAGGUGAUGGACGUCAUUUCGCAUGAUGGGCGCUGGAAACAAGGGGCACCGUCCGUCACUGGCGGAAAGCCUGUUAUGGAUCCGAAGCUCCGUGAGCUUGCGGAGCUCCUCAUUUUCGAUGACUACCAGACCUACCUCCAAGAGAAGCUUGUCGACUUGGCCGUGGUGCAGCGCUAUGCCAGGGAUUUUGCGCUGAUGCCCAGUGCCAUGGUCCUCAUGCGCUCCACAGACGGGAAGACGCUUCUUCAUUGGGCCGCCAUUUACGGGAAUCAUAUCGAUGUGGAGUGGCUUCUGUCGUCUGGUGCGCAAUUGCUUGCUCUCGACCAGCUGGUGUUUCAAGAUCUUCGCCUCACAAUUCUGAAGCCAAAAAAGCAGGAGCUUGGGGAGAUUGAAGAGAUUCGGCCCAAGUUCUUUUGGCAGAAGAAUGAGCGGGCCUUGUCUACGAUUCUUCCCUCGUCGGUGUUGCAAGAUAUGCCAAGUUGGGUGAGACUGCAACAGGAGUCUGUGUCGGAGUGGUUGACCCAGGAUAUGAGCUUCCAGAGAGCAGAAUCGUUUGAUUGCUUCCAAUGGCCAGAAACCUUGCACGAAAGAUCGAUCGCAUCAUGGGUGUUGGAGGCGAGAGUGAUUCAAAAGGAUCUUUCACCCAAAGAAGAAUGGGUGAUCUUGAAUCUUCAGUUGGAAGGAUUGGAAUUGAAGGACAACGACGAAUCUGAAGAAGAAAAGUCGGGGACACUGGCUACACACACGAACCGUACACCUUUGGACUAUGCGUUGCAGUUUGCUCCCAGUGUUUGGGAGGGUCAUAUGGAUGACACUCCUAAUAAGCAGCUGUCGCCGCACGCCAAAGUGUGCAAGCUGCUGCUUGAACGUGCUUUAAUGGCUGAGAAGCAGCAGGAUGCGAGAGGAGGUAGCUUGCUAAAGCAUGCCUUGCGUUCCUACGUUCGCCCAUAUGUGCGCUGCAGGACAUUGCCCAAAGAUGUUAUUGACCUCCAUAUCGGAGAGCAAGAUGACACUGCAGAGAAGAACACUCUGCUGCAUGUAGCCGCGAAGCUUGGCCUCGUGAAUGUUUGCUCAGAACUGGUGCGGAGAAGGUGUGCGUUCAAGGAAAUAGCUGAGCAGAAUCCGUUGGAUGUUGCUGGGGGCAAGGCGCACGAAGUUCUGAUCUUGCCAGCCUUCCUCGCCAUUUGUGGGAAGAUUUCGACACUAAAUCCGCCGCGGGAUGAGGAGGCCGUGACACAAUGCAUCAUCGCAGUGGACGAGGAAGCGAAGUCGUCCCUUGAAGGACUGAAGUCUCGAGACUUUACUUUCCAGCAGAUCAUGAAUAUCAAGAAUCCGCAUGAUCAAGGUCAUGGAAUUCUGGAAUACGCAGCAAUGUAUGGACUGGACCGUGUUUUGCAGUACAUCAUCAAAAAUUAUGAGAUGGAGGACACCCGUCCAACAAGAUGGCCAGCAGAUCUGAUUGCCACCGCAUUGCCGCGAUAUCCCAACCGGCAGAAGUUGGUUGACAAAAUCCGAUCCGAUUUUUCGAAAGCUGACGAGACAUGGGGAGUAUUCCACAGCAAGCAACACUUGAAAGAAUUGUAUGACCAACUUGCCGGACUGGACGAGGAGGGAACAUUGAAACAGGUGCAGCAGGAAAACUUCUACCGGGACAACCUCCAUCACGCAGCUUCUAUCGAUACUCCGGAGGCAAAGUUCCUGGUAGAGCUGAUGCUGAAGAACAAUCCAAAUGAAGUGAUGAAGAUGAAAGAUGCCUCCGGCAACACAGCGCUGCAUAUGGCUGCCAGAUAUAACAAUCUGGAGGUGGUGCAGUUGCUUUGCGAACAGUACAAUGCAAACAAAGAAGAAAAGAACAUGCACCAAUGGAAGCCUCUCCAUUUGGCUGCCAUGCAUCAAAGCUUCGAGUCGAUGAAGUAUUUGCUGGAGUCAUCAGCACAGCCCAUUUCCAUGACAUCAGACAAAGAGACGCCGCUCCACCUCAUCGCAAAGCAUUUCACUGUUCCGCAGAAUGUAAGGUCUUUGGAGCACAACGCAGAGCAGAAACAGUUCCACCAAAUUAUGGAUAUACUCAUUGACAAAAUAUGCGCAGCAGACCGGAAUCCCAAGCAGUUCAUCAACAAUCAAGAUAGUUCGGGAAAAACGGCGUUGGAAUACUUGGCAGGAGGAAGUCCAGCCUUUGUUUGCCAUCCCAUGCAACGUCUUGUCAGAGAGUUUCCCCACCCCGACAGUUUUGCAAACGUUUUGGAUUCGGUGACAUCGACAAUGGGCAGAACUCCUAUCCUGAAGGCCUUGCUCGAAUCGACCCCACUGAUGGACACUGAGGAAGAGGACCCCGCCACCAUUUCUUUACUUCGUCAGCUUGUCGAAUCUAACGGAAAUGAUGACCUGACUGCGCUCCAGCGGUGCGCAACAAACGGCAACCUCGAUGCAGCCAGGGUGAUCCUGGAGAAGUUGAUUUCGCUGCCGUUGUUGAAGCAAGCUCUUCUUCCAGGCUUCAACUUCUCGGCCUUGAAUGAUAUCAAUUUGCCACUGCAUUUGGCCAUGCAAAACAAGCACGAGGAGGUUGCAAAGCUUUUAGCUUCACGGAUGCUUGUCAUCCUGGAGCCAGAAGACUUGAAAGCGCUGCAAUGGCGUAACUUUUUCUGUGCAGAUGCCUCACGCAAAUUCCGAGAGGACAUGGAAAGCAUUUUCACCCGAGACGAUUCCUUGCUUGAAGCCGUGAAAGCUGGGGACCGAACCGCGGUGGAGGCAAUUUUGAAGAAGCGUGCGACGUUGGCAGAAGAGAGUAUUGAUGACCAAGGCAAUACCCCUCUACAUUUUGCUGUCCAAAACCGUACGAAUCGCCAGCAGAAGGACAUUGUUCUGCUUCUUUUGGAGAAUCGUGGAACCAUGGUGCCGAAUCACAAAGGUGAGACACCGCUGCAUCUCUUGUGCAGCCGUGCCGCAAGUCUGACGCAUAAACCCCAGGACGAAGCCGUGGCCCACGAGCGCUGGUAUCAUCGCUGGAAGAGACCUCAUUGGGAGGAUGAGGAGGAUGAAGAGGGAAAAGAUGAGCGGGAGCUGGGGAGCUUGAUCCAGAUGACUGAUUUCAUCUUGAAGACGCUGGUCACAACUCAUCUGACGGAUUCGGAUUUCAACACAAGGGAAACUCUGGCGGAUGGGAAGUCCCCGCUGGAACAAGUUUUGGCCUAUAAGACAACUGAUGGUGACACGGCCUUCGACUUGCUUUGUGGGGGGUUGGAGAAUGCGGCCUUCGGAGACGAGACCCAUCGCCUUCGAAAGUUCCUGAAAUUGGCUUGGCUGAGACCGCUCAAGUCAAGAGGAGAUUUCCUCAUCCCGGCCCGAGAAAAGCUGACUCUGCUUGGCCUGGCUGUUCUCAUGCAGAGUCGAGAGGCUGCUGAACUUGUGAAAAAGGGUGACCCGCUUGCUGGCUCUCCAGACGAGAAUGCCUUCACUUAUGCUUUGCUGUCCAGAAGAUACGACUUGGUGCGACAGAUGCUCCAGCGCCUCCAGGACACACAGGGAGCACAGGAAGAGAAGCUCCAACAGGCAAUGGGCAGCCACACAAUCCAUUUGCUUUUCAGAGAUGAGGACUACAAUGAAGAACUUCUGGAAAAUAUCAUUGAGAUACUCCAUGCUGACGAUGUGGCGCAGUUCUUGCAGAGAGACCGCGUCCUGGAGAGGUGUUGGGCGAGAGGGAGUGAACGUCUCUUUGAGGCUUUGGGGUCAAAGUUGGGUCAGGCAGCCUGCGAAGAUUCGGAUUGGAUCAACUGGCGGUUCGGAGAGAAGGCCUGGACUCUGGUUCAUGUCUUUGUGAGCCUCGGAAAGCUGGAGGCCCUGAAUGACUUGCUUUCUGACUCUGCUUUGGACCACUCCAAAUUGGUGAAGGUUCUCAACACAGAGGACAAUCACGGCAACACACCCAUGCACAGGCUGCUCCAUUUCCUUGGUUGCGUGUUCGUGAAGAUUGCUGGUGAGCCCAACUUUCAGGGGUGCUAUUUUCCAGUGGAAGAGUAUGGCAGGCUUUCCUUCAAGAAGUUUGGAGUGCAUAUUUUGGAUGUCGAGGAAGAGAAUCUGCCGGGCCCUCCUUGCCCGUGCUGCAUCAGAGUUCGAGAGCAAGAGAACAAGAGGUUCUGGGUUUUGGAGAAUGAUGACUGGGAAAGGCCAUUUGCAGCACAACUGGAAGCUCGUCCCGAGAUUUCGAUGGACGAGCUUCCAACGGGCUCGAGCUGGGAGAGAUAUCACAGCGCAAGCUCUGAGAAGCCAAGACUGGAAGUCUUCAAGUCACCUCUAUUUGCAGCCGAAAAGAUUGUGCAUGUGCUGAUUGAGUUCAGAGCGGACAUCACGAAGCAAAACUGUAGGGGAAGAACUCCCUUGCAAGAAUGUUUGCGCUGCCCGGUCACGAAAAGCUUGCAGCCCAUGCUCGCAAAGCUUUCGCUAUCACUCAUGGGAGUUGGAGCAUCGAUGGACUCGCACAGUGAUAUUGGGCAAGUGAAGACUUUGCUGGUCGAGCUCCGGGACAGCGACGGCCUCAACGCUUUGGAAGCAGCCUCCAAUAUUUCUUGGUUUGAAGCAGUUUGGAACGAGUGGCUGGAAACGUUGCUGCCCAUGGGCGUCUUUUCGGACAUUGGUGCACCUGUUGACGCAGUGCUUGAGCAGUGGCGGUUGCCUCCUGUUCGACGCCAGCAAACUGUGCCCCGCUUGGUAGCGACGUUGGUCGCAGACGAGUCCCUUAAGCCAGAAGUGGUGGAACGGAUGAGCAUGCCCCAAGCGGGGCUGUCGAGCUUUUUGACCACUUGCUUAUCAAAAGAGUGCUGCACACUGCUACAGAACUUGAAGCAUACGGUGGAGCUCAAAAAGAUAUGGUUGGUGCAUGAACCAGUUGAUGUCACAAAGCCACUGGCGUCCUUGUCGCUGAGCACAUCCGAUAGAAAAAACAUUACUGAAUUAGAAGUUGACUUCAUGGAGGCCACCGAGAAUGAGAGUGGUGCCGUGGAUGUGCGUGUUGGAGUGUAUGGACGUCCUCACUUGGGUAAAGCAACAACACAGCUCUUCUUAAAUGGUGUCGCAGGUGCUCAUCAGACCGCCCCACAGACAUUGCAACUCUUGGAGCCCUCAUAUUGGGCACUUGGUGGGCUGGACCGAUGCAAAGUGUGGCGGACUGUAGGGUUUAAAGGGAUGCAAGCAUCUGGCAAGUUUUACUACGAGGUGGAGCUGGUGUGCAACAUUCAAAGCGGACGCCUUUUUCUCGGGUGGGCCACAGAAGAUUUCACAUCCUUUGCCUGGAAGGCGGACACCUUUUUUGGCAUCAACAGCCAGCUCGAGCCAGCAGAUGCUGAGGAUGAGUGGGAGCCGGAAGAAGAUGAGGAAGAGUCGGAAUGGACUGAUCAGAGUUGUAAACUUGGAGACGUCUUUGGCAUGGCGGUGGACCUUGAUCAGAAAACUGCGUGGUUCAGCCUGAAUGGCAAACGCUUUCUUGAGUACCCUGUUCAUGGGGAUCGGAAGAUUUUUCCCAUAUUGCGCACAAGCGGCACAGUCAGAAUAAAGUUGCGCCCCUGCGAUUGGCAGUUUGCCCCGCCUUCCAAGUUCCGAUCUUGGCUGGAGGAUGGUGAGCUUUUGCGACCGGACCAGAGGCACAUUUUCAAUUUCACGAACGUGCCGAAGGACCAGCAGUGUUGCUUCCGGUUAAAGCUGGAGCUUCGGGCUGAGAUUGAUGGGAUGCCGUCAUUGUCAAAGGUCUUCAAAGCGAGGUCCUUGAUAUCUACAGCCAUUUGGAAGCAGUGCAAGUGGAAAAUCAUCGAUAUUCUGAAAGAUCGUGGCUGUGAGCUCACCUUGGAGACCUUGGUGUCAUCUCUUCGGUGGGUCAGGCGAGGAACAAAGGUCUUGCGGAUGCACCAGUCACUCUCCAGCGACCCUCGGUAUGCUUCUGUUUUGCUUGGGCCCAACAAGGACAAAUUGCAACCUUGGGUUUUUGGUGCUUUCCUGGAAUACUUGAAGAACGGUGAUCUAGAUGAGGAAGAUGUGAUGUUGGUUUGCCACACGUUUGCAGCGUGCGGGGCACCCUUACAGCGCAUGCGCGGUGACUACAUCGAUGCGAAAGAUGUGAGUGUGCAAGUGAAGGGGACUUUGCACCAGCUGGAUGGGAUUUAUGUGAGACGGGACGACUUCAGCAGCGAAAGGCAGUGCUUCGUGAACUUAUGUCGUCCGGGCCAAUGGAUUGUUAACGAUCCUGCCGAGUCGUUUUGGAAGAUUGGUUUGACUGAUAUUCUGGAAGAAGGCCAACCACCCUGGUACGUAAAGCUGGCCAAUUUAGAGGAUGGCAAGAUUCGAGUUGUGGUCGACGGCAUCGAGCAAAAAUCUGAUUUGAGAUCACAGACCAAAAAGAACUUGGAAGGCGCAGUUCGAGCUGCAGAAAUGGGAACAAUGACAGCUACAUCCGCCCUUUCAUCCUCCCCGUCGGGAUUGAUAUCAACUUCACAUCGAGGCCACAUACAAAGAUCGCCUAGGCCCAAAGGCCAAAAGCCAAGAUUAAAACAUGUUCAAGACAGAUACCUUACAAAUUGCUUCAAAGAGCUGCAAGAACCCCUGCAGAUAUCUGAUGAAAGUGCGGCUGUCUUUUGGCGAGAGCUCGGAAGGGAAGUAGGCCAAGUAGCUGAGGCAUGGGAUGAGGAGGAACAGAGAAAAAUGAUGCAAUUCACAGCCGCUCUUCGAGAAUCAUUGGAAUACGAUCCAGAUGAAGAGCUUGACCCAGGGCAGAUUCGGCCAGUCACAAUGAUGGAUGUGGAGCAAUAGGCCAGAAUAGGCCAGACAUGCAGGGGUGAAACAUGCUGAAAAAACAACUACCGCUUCCGCUUUAGAGUUUGGGACUGUUGCGGCAGGAAUCGUUGCGAAUGAACCAAAUGUGGACUCCCUUCGCCUCAUCUGCAUGGAGUCGGAACAAACAAAAUGUGGUGCGUGUCUCCGAGAUCCUUAGUUCUAUCUCCACCAUUCGAAGAAUUUCCGUAGCUUUACAUCGACGCACAUCGAGUGAGGUAGUUGCUGCAAAGUCGGCGACGCACUCGCUUUGGGGCUGCAAAAAGCAGUCUCAACACGUCAGAGAAACAUGUCGUGAAGCGAUAUGGACCCCUGAUGUCACGAAACUUGGGCUCAUUCGGGCUCGUGUACAAAUAAUUUCUGCCCCGAACGGCAGGUGGUUAGUGAAUCGGGUGCUUGUUUCAUGCACUCCCAAUGUAUAUUUGUCAAGUCAGAAAUGGUUGCAAGGCAAUCCAAAGGCUCCGACUGGAAAA